AUGGAGAAUACAACUAAGAUAUGGUCUUUUGUGCUGGCUGCCUAUGGUAACAUUGGAGAUUUAAAAUACCUUUAUUUCAGCAUAAUGCUGUUAUGGUACCUCUCAAUUUUUGCAGCCAACGCAGUCCUUAUAGUUAUCAUAUAUGUUGACAGAAGGUUGCAUGAACCAAUGUAUAUUUUUCUAUGUAAUUUAUUUGUUAAUGAAAUAGCUGGCAGCACAUCACUGUAUCCUCUUAUGCUCUCACAGAUGUUAUCAGAUACACAUGAAGUGACCCUGCCGUGGUGUUUUCUGCAGAUGUGCUGUAUCUACAUAUGUGGAUCUGUUGCGUUUUGUAGUUUAGCAGCUAUGGCCUAUGAUAGGCAUGUCUCAAUAUGUUAUCCUUUCCGCUACAACAUCAUUAUGAACACAGGAAAAGUAGUUAUGAUAGUGCUGGUUAUAUGGAUGUAUUCAAUCAUUAGUUUUAUUUUCUCAUUUUCAUUUCUCAUAAGUUUGAAAUUUUGUGGAAAUAUAAUUGACAAGGUUUUUUGUGACCACCACUUGGUGAUGAAGCUUGCAUGUUCAAUCUCAACUCUUGAUAACAUGUCCGACCUGCUUUUUGCAUUUAUAACUAUGGCUAUCCCAUUUAGUCUCAUUUUAGUCUCUUACAUGAAGAUUUUGGCUGUGUGUCUGCAUACUUCUAGAGAAACCAAGCAAAAAGCUGUAACUACCUGCACACCUCAGAUUGUCUCAAUUUCAAACAUGUUUGUUGGCUGUAUUUUCCAUUUUGUUGAUUCCAGGAUUGAUGUUGCUCAUGUGCCAGACAAAAUACGCAUUAUUUUAUCAGUAUACCUCCUCGUUUGCCAACCUAUUGUCACUCCUUUUAUGUAUGGAUUUAAUCUACCAAAGAUAAGGGAUUCAUUACAGAGAUUUGUGGUUACUAGAAAAAAAAUAUUUUUUUAA